UUCAAGAUUCUUAUGCUUGUCUUUUAAUGUCCCCACAAUCUAUCUUUUAUUCCUUUUCUUGGUCGGUGAUGAGCUAAAGAAUAUUCAGAUUUUGAGUUUGAAGGAAACAUGUCAUCCCUUUGCCUAGUCUGUGGAAUAAGAAUUCCAAAACUAUAUGCAUCCAUGGAGAAUCUCUAGCCAGGCGCAAAGUCACCUGGUAGAUAACAUUCUAUAAAUUUUGAGCAGCCAAAUUCUCAAGGCUGCAUCUCAGGGUGCUCAUUUGUAUGUGACCUUUUUGCAUCAUCCAAUUCCACAGACGAUGUCAAAAUUAAGAAUUCUAAAUUUUCAGCUUAGCUUAUCCAGGAGACUCCCUUUGAAGCCCGUGAAGUGGCUCUCAAUCAAGGACAGGCAAGUCUCUGAUCUGGGCCUCUUCUUCAAACCCAAUGUCGAGGAGAUGAAGCAGGUGUUUGACAAAAUAUCAGAAAAAAGUGACAAGAUUUCUGAGAACAAUCUUAAGUCAUUACUGGAGAAGCUUGGGAAAGCGAAUGCAGCCUGUGAGGCAAAGCGAAUGAUUGAGGUUGCUGACCUCGACAGAGAUGGGUUCAUAGAUUUUAAUGAGUUUAUGCAAGUGCACAAGAAGGGCAUAAGGACUCGUGAGAUCAAAUGUGCGUUUUGGAUGUUUGAUCAAGAUAAGGAUGGGCGAAUCAGUGCAGAGGAAUUACAGAAUAUGUUGGAGAAACUUGGGGAGAAUCACACCUUGGACGACUGCAGGAGAAUGAUAAAGCACGUAGACAAGAAUGGUGAUGGAUUUGUAGACAUGGAUGAUUUCCUGGCCAUGAUGACUUGCACCAUGGAGCUGGCAUGAGGGAUUUCUGGAGCCAAGAGAUUGCUUAAGCCACAUCCGACGCUAUAAUAUCUUCUGCAACAAAAGCCGAGUGGGAAGCAUUAAUUCUGACCAUUCUUGUUGUAUGGCCUUUGUAACAUGAUGGUCACUUGUUAUUUUCCCAGAGAAAAUAGAGUCCUUGUUGGUUUGUCCAUGAUUUAAUAAUAUUGUAAAGAAUGAACUUUGCACUCAAAUCUACAUUAGUUUGAUUGUUGCUUAUUCUGGUGAAAGUAAAAGAAAAGAUAACCUCGUUUAAAUUGAAA